CAUUAACGUACGCGUGCUUGGGCAUGCGCGCGCGCGCGCGGCGUCGGUGUGUACCUGCGGGGAGCGCCGUGUACAGUACAGAGGAAGAUGGUGAAGGCCGGCAGCAGCCUGCAGACAACAGGGCGCGCGCUGCUCACGGCAGCCGCCAGGAGGUUUUCAGAGAGCAGCGACAAAGGCUGGCUCCGCUCCUUAUUUGUGCAAAAAGUGGACGCCAGGAAAGAUGCUCACUCCAACCUGCUUUCAAAGAAAGAGACCAGCAGCCUCUAUAAGAUUCAGUUUCAUGACGUCAAACCGGAGUGCCUGGAUGCGUACAACAGCCUGGAGGCUGAAGUGCAGAAGAAGCUCCAUCAGGACCAGGACUUCCCAUGCGAGGUGGUUGGAAGCUGGAACACCUGGUACGGGGAGCAGGAUCAAGCUGUGCACCUGUGGAGAUACCGAGGAGGAUACCCGGCUUUGACUGAAUGUCUGCAGAAACUGAGAGCCAACAAGGAGUAUUUGGAGUUCCGGAGAGAGCGGUCAAAAAUGCUGAUUUCAAGGCGAAACCAGCUUCUUCUAGAGUUCAGUUUCUGGAAUGAACCUUUGCCAAGACGAGGCCCAAACAUCUAUGAGUUGCGCACUUAUAAGCUUAAGCCUGGAACCAUGAUUGAAUGGGGAAACCGCUGGGCGAGGGCAAUAAAAUACAGACAGAGCAACAACGAGGCGGUGGGGGGCUUUUUCUCUCAGAUCGGUGACCUGUAUGUUGUUCAUCACCUGUGGGCGUAUGAAAGUCUUCAGUCCCGAGAGGAGACUAGAAACUCCGCCUGGAGGAAAGAAGGAUGGGAUGUAAAUGUUUAUUAUACAGUGCCUUUGAUCAGAAGCAUGGAGUCCAGAAUAAUGAUUCCCACUGAGAGUUCACCUCUGCAAUAAGAGAAGGACUGAAACUGCAAUCAACUCGGUUCCUGAAACUCUGACAUAUCUACUCUCACCGACUACAGUUUUUAUCUGCUGGCUGAUCUGUGUUACAUCAAUGUUUUAUUCUACAUUUCACUCCUGCCAUCUAAGAAAUACAAUAUUUAUAGUCGCCUACAUUUGGGAUUCUUCAGUGUCUUUACCUGUUUUGGUCAAUUUUGUUGGACAACAAAAUGAUAUUCAGGGAAUUUCACAGACUGAGUUUGUAUUGUAUAAGUCACUCUGCAUACUCCAGUGUUGAACCAUCAAUCCAAGUGGUUUUGUAGAUUUCACUGUAAGAUGUGGGCAAAAGCCUACAAAAAUAAAAAUCUUUAACUACUGGUAAGAAGGGGUGGGGAAAUAAAGCACAUGUUGCUGAGCUUUGAAAUUGUGACAUGAAAUGGAACUUUGUAAUUUUCAAAAAUGUUUUACCACCACUUGUGAAUAAACACAAUGGUAAUCCUAAUAA